AUGUCCAUAGUAGAGGAUGAUAGGGCGGCAGUUGCUUGGGGUAGAUCCGACCAAGCCAUUGAACAUCAAGCCCUUUCGAUAUGGGAGAAAGGUGUCCAGAAAGAGCGGGAUGGAUCAAUGACUGAUGCUAUCAAGUACUACAGACAGGCACUUAAGAUUGAUGAGAAGGUUGAAAAGAUCUAUAGGAAGAAGUUACGCGAAGAAUGGCUGCUGCAGCAGAAACUCGCGGAGCUGCAGCUCGCCAGUCCUGUAGCAUCGCAGGGCACAGCAGCAGAUUCGGCGAACACCAACGAAGAUGGCAACGAAGCAGAAAUGGAGCCUUGCUGGAUAUUUGAGAAGCUUCCCAAUGAUUUACUUCUAAGGGUUAUCCGACAGGUGAUCCUCAUGUCUGGGGAGUCCUGGCUGAAUCUGUCACUGACUUGCACAAAGUUCAACGAAUUGUGCUUCCAUAACUCAGGACCUUUCCAAGUGUUUGCCUCCUACAUAUACCAGAAGCAGCGUUAUGACGAAACUUCGCUGGAGCUGAAUCACAUUUCGGACCUGGGAACGCUCGAGCACGAUCUGUGGAAUAGCAAUUACGAGAAGAUGUUAAAGGACAGGCCAUACAUCAAGUUUGAAGGCCUCUACAUCAGCGUUGUCAACUAUCUGCGGCACGGAGUCAACUCAGAGGGCUCCUCAUCGCUGAUAAGCCCGAUCCAAAUGAUCACAUAUUACCGCUACUUUAGAUUUUAUUCCGACGGGCAUUGUCUGCGACUGGUUACCACGGAUGAACCCUCUCAAGUGGUCCCUCACUUCUCCAUUGACGUCCCGCCGCGCCACAGCGAAAUCUGCCGGUGGAGCUUAGGGCUAGAGGAUAAUUUUGGCCGUUUAAUCAUCAGAAGGUCUGGCGAGAAGUACUCUUUUGUCGAGGAACUACAUAUCAAGAGCCACGGACGCAGAAGACAUCAUCGACUACUAUGGAUCAACUCCCUUGUCAUCGACAAAGAGGGAAACGUUUCUGAAUGCAGUCUAAGAAACGAGAAGCCGUUUAACUUCUCCAGAGUCCGCUCAUUUGCAUCAGACGAUUAG